CCUUUCGAUACACCGGCAGUAAGCCAGUGUGUACGAAAUACAUGGCGCGUGACGCUAAAACCAAAGGAAAGCCCAGAUCCACUGAAAGGCUAUGUCGAUGGUUUCAAGGUCGCCAUCCACACCCCAUCUGAUACGGCUCUCCCAGAACGAAUGGCCAUUCAUCAGGCUUCGCUCAGCCCUUGCUGA